AUGAAGCCUCCCGCACCUGCUCCUUGGAAUGUUAAACGGGCGCACGGUGCCUGUUCUGCGCCAUCGACGGCUGCAGACACUGUUGUGCGAGCGUACAAGCGCGCGCGCUCCCGCCAACAAGGAUCUAUUGGUGCAAGAAUUGCGAGGCGACAGCGUGUAAAGUGCAAGUGUGCGGAGGAAGAGGAGAAGGACGAGGUCGUGGGGAUCAGUGGAGCAGAGUUGAAACGAUAUGAAGAGCAGAGCCUAGAAAUUCAGCAGGAACUCAAGAAAUAUGUCUUAGACUGCAGUAACCCUUCGCCUGUGAGCAUCUUCUCUCACGUCUUUCUCAUCUUUGUCCCGACUAUAUCCAUCCACAACCUGUCCUCAUCCGGAAAUUCAUCUCUUCAGCGCAAACUCAUCGACGACCAGUUUGGCCCACAUGAUUGCACUGGCCUGUCUGAGUCUGCUCUAAAAGAAAUUCGUGACCUGAAGAACGACUUUGGUCUCCGCCUGAAAGCCCCCGGCUCGAUAAUCCCACCACCUAAUACAUCCCUUGACAUUGUCCCACGUCUUCUUCGCCGCAAAUCUUCCCCUUCCCUCGCCUUCGUUACUCCUACGAUAUCCAUGCUCGGUGCCUCUCUACGGAAUAUUUCGUCGCCAAGUGUAUUUUCCGCCUUGGAGAGCAAGUCGUACAAGACAACGAUUCCAAGGCUUCUGCCAGAACGACGAAAAAUCGUGGACGCGGCCGAUGACGCGAUCUCCGAGGCAUGGAGGGAGCACUUCCGCCUGCACUGUAAGUGUCGGCCACUCUCCGGUUGGAAUGCUCUUCACGAACCGCCCAAUGGGAGAAAUUGCCUGCUCGGGAGACUCGCUGAUGAUCGUGGACACCCGGAACCAGAACCUGCAUUGGUCAUUCGGGGUCGUUGGGCUGGUAUGUCGAAGGAGGAUUGGGCUGCCAUUCGGUUGGAAGGUGAGCUGGAUGAGGAGCGUAAUCGCCUUCACAAGUUUCUCCGCGAGGAGGAUGCCCGCCUACAGAAACUCAUGAUGGACGUGAUUGGCGGCACGUCUUCUUCACCGGGGGAGCCGGUGCCAAUGGUGGGCGACGCACAGGCUUCAUCGAGGUCUAGGAGGACUUCUGCGGUUCUGAUUCCUGGUCUUGCUGCUGGUAUGGACGGAAAUUCGGAUCUUACUUUGGAAUCCUUGCGUCCGGUUGAACCUCUACUUGACGUUAUCUCUGGGCCGUCGAGCUCAAGCCGUGAUUUGUCUGUGUCGUCGAACAAGGCCUCUCGUGGUUCGGCCACCAAUAGCGUCACGUCCACCACAGCAUCCUCAUCCAGUUCUACGGCCUUCACGCGUUCCGUCUCCACCGUCUCCACGUCCACUGUGGCAUCUACUUCCACCGUCGUGACUUCGUCCUCGACUUCCUCGACGCUACGCAUUCGCAUCCCCGCACCUUCGAAACGCAAGGGCGAUAACCCAAAGAAACUUAAUUGCAUACUCGAGUGCAGCGACGAGGUUCCAUCUGGCCUGCUCCUACUCUCCUCAACUAUCAAGACCAUCAAGCACUCUAACAGACUCUACAAUGGACUAUUCUUCAUCGACAACCAGGAUCAAGAUUGGCUCGGCGACGAGAGGAGGACCGCUGACGGUAUGAUGCUCGAUAUUAUCUAUGCAUAUUUGGAGUCCACUCAGCGUGGACCUGAAGAGCAGUGUUCCAGGCGCGAACCCGAAACGGAGGACAACUUCUGUCUCUGCGGAUUCUGCGACGGGCGAGAACUCUGCGGAAAAUGUGGUAAUUGCACGGGGACGUGUGAAUGUGACUCGGAGGGCGAAGAAGAAAGGGAAAUGGACCCUGUCGAUGUCCUGAUAUCUCAAGUAAACGAGAUAUUGUCCGUACCUGAAGGAGAUGACGCCGACCUCAUCUUGGAGGGAGAGGCCCUCCUCGACGAACUCCACAUGCUUCUAUCAUCGCCGCAUCCUCGGCGGUUCAACCUAGCGAACGCAGCAGUCUCGCUAAAUGAGCGUAUCGACAUCGAAUGGCCCGCUUGGGCUGCUCAUGUUAAAUGUAACACCGGCGAGGAUUGCCACCGAAGGGACCCAACUUUUUUUGCCUGGAUCAAUCAGGUCGAUAUUCUUCCUGAUCCGAUCAACUUACGGCCAACGAAAUGCUCUACGACUCCCGGUCCUGAAGAGCAUCGAACGACUGUGGCUCCGACGAUGGCUACGGAACCACUCACUCCCGCUGCUGGCGAUGAAUUUGAUGAAACAAGGUCCGAAGGUUCUCCAGUGGGUCAAACUACUGAUCUCGGCGGACACGACUUGGACGACACCCACCAUGCCUUAAGUCCAGCCAAAAAUCUCGAACGCGACGAUGAGGACGAAACGGCUCCCUCCGAACCAUCCGCAUCCGCAUCCUCUUCGAAGUUGGCUACUCGUACCUCCGAACCUAAGAAGCUAUCUCAUCGUGCCCCAGCAUCAGAAGAACACGGCGGACCUGAGGAAAAGGAGAACAGGGCUCCCAAGCGAAGCCGUGAGUGUGAUACUGAUGAUGAGAAAGGCGCAAAGAGGUUUGAGAAGCGUCGCAGGGUCGGCUAA